CAGAUCAUCCCAAUUUGGGACUUGCAGAGCCACCUGAAAGUGACAGCCACAAAGAAGCAAGAAACAACACAAGGUGGAAGGAAAGCCACUCUGGGCCUCCUGGUGCCGAUCCUUAGCAUUUUCAUUUGAACCUUUGCCACCAGAAUGGGGAAACAGAACAGCAAGCUGCGCCCCGAGGUCAUGCAGGACUUACUGGAAAGCACAGACUUCACGGAGCAUGAGAUCCAGGAAUGGUACAAAGGCUUCCUGAGAGACUGCCCCAGCGGGCACUUAUCAAUGGAGGAGUUUAAGAAAAUCUAUGGGAACUUUUUCCCUUAUGGCGAUGCCUCCAAGUUUGCAGAGCACGUCUUCCGCACCUUCGAUGCAAACGGAGAUGGGACGAUAGACUUUAGAGAGUUCAUCAUAGCCCUGAGCGUCACAUCGAGGGGCAAGCUGGAACAGAAGCUGAAGUGGGCCUUCAGCAUGUACGACCUGGAUGGUAAUGGCUACAUCAGCAAGGCAGAAAUGCUGGAGAUCGUACAGGCCAUCUACAAAAUGGUUUCCUCUGUCAUGAAAAUGCCUGAAGAUGAAUCAACCCCAGAGAAAAGGACAGAAAAGAUCUUCCGCCAGAUGGACACCAAUAGAGAUGGAAAACUCUCCCUGGAAGAAUUCAUCCGAGGGGCCAAAAGCGACCCAUCCAUAGUGCGUCUCCUGCAGUGCGACCCCAGCAGCGCUGGCCAGUUCUGAGCCCUGCACCGUGAGGACGCUACAGCUGCUUGUGUCUCUCCCAGUUAGCUUUUAAACUUAUUUUAUUUUUUAUUUUUAUUUUUGCCAAACAAUAUUGACAGUGACGCUGUUCCCUCUUCGGUCAGAUGUGCCCUCCUGUGACACCCUUUGCCCCUUGCUUCUUUCAUUGUGGACAUGAGUGCCCAGAGCCCGCGUGCUUGUGGAGGGCAUGAGCGGACUCCGUGGAAUUCUCUGCUGGAUGACUUUUUAAUGUCAUUAUUUUUUCCUUUGAUUCUAAUGUCUCUGUCUUAAAACCCAAGACUUGAGGGCCCGAGAAGGGAAUCCAUUCAGCCCUGAGAUCCUUCUGCAAGCUUGGAGGGGCUAAUCUGGGUCUUGUCACACGUGCCCUCAGGACUACGGCGAGCAUCUGAGGCUAGGGUUUUCAGGGUCAGGUGACCCUCUGGGGAAAGGCUAUUAAAGGGAGUUGGGACAUUGCGCCAAGAGGCCCACUCCCCUCGACCCCAGCAGGAUGUAGUUUCUAAGCUGUGAACAUGAAGAAGUAAAAGUUAACAGAGGAGAUGGGGGAAAGAUGGCUCAGCUGUUCCCCCACCCCCCCCGCCGUGGGUUUACACGAGUUGAGCUAAUAUGAGUUUCUUUGAAAAAUCAAACACAGAUGGCAACAUAUUUUAAAAACCAGACCCAUCUUGCUGCCUACUUGUGAUUUAUAAAAAGACUGCUGUAUAUAAAAUAUUGGGUAUCGCAGACCAAAUUAAGUGUCUUGCCUUGUAAAUGCAUGUUUAGUGGGCGCUAAUACAGUCUUACUACAGAAACCCGUUUUAGUAGCUUAUUGUGAAGCCAACAUCAAUGAAUGUUAAUGUCUUGUUUUAUAAGUCGUAUCUGUCUUUGCACAAGUGUACAAGUCAACAGGUGUAUUUUGUAUACUCCAUAAAAUUACAAAA